AUGACGCAACCUACGAGCUCCGUUUCGCAGGUUGACGAAGAAGAGGCACAGAACUCGAGGAACUUGACCACGGAAGCACUCAAGAAAUUGGGUUCAAUGAGUUUAUACACCAACAACAGCAACAGCGUCGAAACGAACGGGUCAGAGGAUUUGGGACUGCGGCCCAUGGACAGUAAGUUCCAAAGGGCAGCAGAUGAAGGGCUUCAAUACUUCCACAGCAGUUACAAGAACUCUUCUUCCCCUCAUCACAGUCUUACAACAAGCGAUAGCUUGCCCGUCAGCAACAGCGUCAAAUACAUACGGGAGAAAAGGAUACAGAAGAAACAGGACUCCGUCCAGUCACUGGACCGGAUGAUGGACACAACAUUGGAAACGCCAGCUCUUGAAGUAGCAGACCCCCGAGGAAACUCUGUGAGACAAUUUCAGUACGAAGUCUCUGCCGGUUCUUUGUCAACGAGAGAAGAGGAACAGCCCGAUUCGUCGGAGACUGAAUCUUUUGUAAAUCCAUCCCCUCCGAGCCAAACUCCCUCCAUACGGCCCCUGAAACAAAUUAAUACCCAAAGAAAACCAAUGUAUACCCCAGCAGUUCUCAGAACAACCACUGAGUUUGCAUCUCUUCACGAUAACCUGCCGUACCAGAAUUCCCCAGAGCUUUCCCGCUACAGGGAUAUCAAUUUGAAACACAAAUUAAGACAGACCAAUAGAAUCGGUUUACACCCACAGUUCCAUAACUCCGCAACGGAGCAACCAUCUAAGAAGUCCUGGACUUCUCUCCCUACCAAGCUAAUGAGCAGGACUCCUUCUACUAGUUGUGCUUCGCUGGCUACAUCUGUCGAAGCCUCUGAUCAUAAUGCUCCCACCAAGAGACACUGGAAGCCUGACAACUCCAGAUUUAAUUGCUUCAGGUGUGGCAGGUUUUUCCACUUUUUGACUAACAGUAGACGGAAACACCAUUGUCGUUAUUGUGGCGAAAUUUUCUGCAGUGACUGUUUGUCUAACUUCAUCUAUCUUGAUUGUGACGCUGAGUUUGUACUUAUAGGAACUGACACAGACGAUAAACUAGCAGACGAUCAAUCAACCGUGGAACAAGAAAAGUUCCUUUCAAAAGUUUGCUAUGACUGCUUCAUGAAAUAUGAGGUGUUCUUACGUGAGAACAUCAGUUCCUUGCGACGUCAGAACAAUGACACCAUGGAUACACCUAAUACUUGGCAUAUGAAUGAUUUGGAGAGAAGACCAUCAAGGUACGCCAGUGGAUCUGAGACUGUCGUUGGCAGCGUCCCUGCCGAUUGGAAUUGGAGCUCCUUUUAA